UGUUUCUAAAUGGGUUUUAUUUUCUGAUAACAUGUUUCAUUUUUGUUCACAUAUUUAACUAUAUGUUGUUAUUCUGAAUUCUGAUACUCUCCCUCUCUCGGUUUAUUUAGUUUCAGCUGUUCCUUUAGGCUAAUUUGUACUCUUUCUUUGGUUGUCUUGUUUGUGGUGAUUCUGAUCAUGUAAAAUAGUAGUUUGCGUGCUGUUUGUUUAUCUUUUUUUCUCUUUCUUUUCUUUCUAGUUGAGAGAGGCCAUUAAGGAAAAAAAAAAUUAGUUAAGAGUAUAUAGGGUUGUUAAUCCUGUGCAGUAAAUUAAUUGAAGUCUGUGGUAUAAUUUUCAGGAUAUAAUUAUGGACUAAUCCUGAAUGGAAAAUGUUUGGUAGACAACCAAUGCGUGUAUACACCUAGAAUGAGAAAGGAAGAGACGAGAGAGAAGCAAUACAUGUGAUAUAUGAUGUGAUGCGAUCAAAAGGGACAUACAGAGAAAAUUUGGGUGUUUAAGGGUGUAUGUACUGUUAAUGGUUUAUGAAUCAUAACUGAUCCUGAAUUUUAUAAGUGGGUAGUGGGAUUGUGGGAAUGUUGGGUUGAUUUUGGCAUAAAUGUGUUCUGGGCUGAGAUUCCCCUGCAUCCCAUUUUAUGUCUUUUUACAGUAAUGACUCCAUCGAUUGAGCAUUUUUUUCCACAUGGUUUCUUGCCAGAUAAUCAGGUAGAAUCAUCACCUUCAAAUAGGGUAUGCAGGGGCAGGUCUAAUUACUGUUCUAGCAACUGUAUUACGAUGAGUAUGGACAUAAAAGGCAUAACAUGGGUCGGAAAUAUGUACCAGAAGUUUGAGAAUAUGUGGCUGGAGGUGGAAGAGACAAUGUUGGAGGAAACAGUUAAAUACAUGGAGAAGACUGUCGGGGAAAGUGUUAAAAAGAUCUAUUCAGAUGUCAUGCAAGAUUUAGUUCCUCCAUCUUCAUGUCAUUUGGGUGAAAAGCAAGUCCCUGAAUUGCCUGUGGAUCAAUAUACCGAUGCUGACUUCUGUAAGAAGUCAUUUCAAGGUUCCAUGAAAAUUACUAUAAAGCCUGAUACUAAGUUAACAACCAAGGAUUCAAGAACCAAAAAUGAUGUUGACAUUGGUGUAAUCCAUGCUGAAUCCUAUGAUGCUGAUGUGUCCAUCAUGUCAGUUUCUGGCAAUUCUGUCAAAGGGAACAAUUUUAUUUCACAUACAGGACGUCAUGUUAGGAGCACAGGUAUCCAAUUAAACCUUGACACUGAUGAAAGUCUACAAAAAAGAAAGAUGCCUGCACCCAAAACAGUUAAUGAAAUCACUUCCUCAAAAACAGAUACAAGUGAACUCUCCAAUGUAAAUCAAACGCAGGAAGCUACUGUUUCACAACCAGCUUCUACUGAAGUAACAACCCUUGCCUCUGUAGCAGACUGCUGCAAUGAAUUUGGAAAUGAAAAUACUGAACACAUCCUCAAUGUUCUUAAAUCAGAUGAAGAGAAAGAGGAUAUGAGUUCUUCCUCCAUUGUCCUAUAUGGAGAUCCUUAUGAGUUCUCGAUGGUCAGUACGAUGCAGCCUGAAGAUUGUUGUUGUGAUACAGUCAUUGUAUCUCGUCCAGAAGUCGCAGAGACAUGGAAUUUGGAUAUAGCAGAGGUUGAUAGUGUGAAAGAGCAAGGCCGUAAAACCACACAAUUUGAUGAGUUAAAGCUUGAGGAAACAUGUGUUAUGGUAACCAGAGAUGAUCUACAAUUUGUUCCCAAGGCAAGGGUUAAUUCAAAGACUAGCAAGAGGCCGUUUUCUUUAUCCAAGAAGUUUGCGAGGAAGCAAGAAUAUGAGGAGCUUGCCAUAUGGCAUGGGAACAAUGAAAAAGGCAAGAAUGGUUGCUUGGAGAAUUCAGGUCGAACUUUACAAGAGGAUCAAAAGGAAUUACUGCUUCCUGGUAUCUCUGAACCUGAAUGGGAGCUUCUCUGAAUUCCAGGGUGAUAAGUUGUGUAAAUACACAACCAACCCUGCAUAUUUUACACUCACCUUUUAGUCUCAAUGUCCCACAAUAUCUACUAUGUUACUACAUGUGCUUUCCUUGCUCCAAAAUGCCCUCCCCUAUCCUCUCUUUUCUGGUGAAAGAAAAAACAAAAAAAGAAGCCGUAACAAACCAUUCAAAUGAGUUGCUGCAAAUAGAAUAGUUAAUGCAGCUCGGGCCUACUAUUCAUGUCAGUAUUUACUAUUUAGAUUUUCUCCAUUGGCAAUGUCCUUUGAUUCUUCAUGUGUUUGAAUUUUCUUUAAACUCAACGCCGAUUCAAGUGGAAGUCACCCUGAAAAAAUCUUGCUUCUUCA